GCUUGUUCCUGUCAGGGUUCAGCAUUAUGAGGACUGUGUGUAGAUGACCCGAAGAGUAAUAUUGUUGGCAAUAAUUGGGACUUUGUUUUAAAUACUAUUGCCAAACAACUUGCCUAACUUUACCAUAGCUCUUUAUACAGUGUUACUCUAUAGUGUUCUAACUUGAAGUCAAUAUUAAAUGAAUCUUAAUGACUCGUUUGUGGUCAUCUCCACAGGUUUCUGCUCAUCCUGAUAAAACUGUAGAUGAAGAACUGAUGGGUUCAGUAUCCUCGCUUCCUGAACCACAGGUUUCUGCUCAUCCUGAUAAAACUGCAGAUGAAGAACCGAUGGGAUCAGUAUCCUUGUCUCCUGAACCACAGAAAUGCAACCAUGUUGUACUGCCCUCAUCAUUUUCAAGCAUUGAAAAAUGCACACAUUGCUUUGGACCUUUUGCUCCCCUCAAGUGGAAUGGUCUGAAAUGUAAAGACUGUUCUUCAAUAUGGCACAACAUCUGCUAUGAAAAGAUCGACAGGAUUGAUUUUUCACCAUCUUCAUGGGUUUCUAAUGACUCAUCUUCAGCUGAUGUUUCAGACAAAGAAUACAUACCUGACUCUGCCAGUUACUCAGAUAGUUCAGCGGAACUCUCAAUAGAUGAUUCCACUUAUUUCAAAAAGACUGUUUUUGAUCCUUGUUUCAUUGGACCUUUGCUAGACUGUCAAAAGAGUGAUGGUGCAGAUAAUGACUUGGCUGAAGGUCUUAUUUCUGAAAGUGAAGACAGUGCCAAAAAGGUUGUUCAGGAACAGAUGAAAAGGUCUUCUGAAAAUAAAAAAACUCUUGAUGUUCAAACUGAAGGGAGAUCUGUGGAGCCACUCAUCAGAUCUGAAACUGUUGAAAGCAUCCAGUCUACAAACAUAUCAUCAUCAAGAGAUAAAAAAACUACUGCUUUGUUUGUGGCAAGCCCCAGUCUAAGAUUGCUCGACACUUAAAAGUCCAUGAGAAGACAAAUGCUGAAGUCGCUCAAGCUUUGGCACAACCAAAAGCCUCAAAACUGCGAAAAAAAAUACUCGGACAGUUGCGAAAUAAGGGAAACUCUACUCACAAUAAAGAGGUUUACAAAAGUGGCAGUGGACUGCUAAAAAUCAAACGUAAACCCAAGCUGAAGUAUAACAUAAACCAGUAUGUUCACUGCAUGUUUUGCCAGGGAUUGUUCCUUCGGAAUCACCUUUGGCGGCAUGCUCGUAAAUGUACAUCCAAACCAAGAACAACUGAAGAGACAGGACCAAAAAAGGUGUUGAGCUUGGCCUUAAUGGUGGAUUCUGGACUAUGUCAACAAAUAUCCCAAGGUGUUUUUAAGCUACUAACAGUGAUGAAAGAUGAUGAAGUGUCUGCUGCAGUGCGAAGUGACUUUUACAUUCUACAACUUGCACAAUCAUUUUUCAAUAAACAUGGUCAAGAUCCCUCCAAGCAUGAAUAUAUCCGACAAAAAAUUCGUGAAGUUGGAAGGCUUCUGCUAAUCCUGAGGAAUGAGUUUUCUAUGUACAACAUUGAAGAUGCUGUCAGGCCCUCAAACUUCCAUGUACUUGUUCAAGCAGUCAAGAGAGUAUCUGGCUUUGAUGAAGAAAGUCAUUCAUAUGAAACUCCUAGCCUUGCUCUGAAAUUAGGACACUCGUUGCACAAGAUCAGUGACUUUAUAUGCUGCACAGCUUUAGUAUCAGGGAAUGAUGAGCUUGAAAAGUCAUGUCAGGCUUUCAAAACACUUUAUUUAUCAAAGUGGUCAGAACUUGUGUCUCACACAGCUUUAACAACCUUGAGUGACAAGCGCUUUAACAAACCUUCCACGCUUCCCUUCACUGAGGAUGUUCAGCGUCUUCACCAGCAUUUGGAAAAGG